CGUGGCCCAUGUCCAGACUAAUCCUAACCGUCCGUGCUCCAACGGAUGGCUGCGCCGUCCCCAACCCCACGUCUAUUCUGACGAGGCAAGGGGACAAAAUUUUGCCCUUCACAAAGCCAGCGCCCUGACCCGCCGCCGCUGCCGAGGCAGAUGGCGAAGAAGCACAAGGACCCAGCCCCAGCGGCUGCUGCCGCAAGCGACGCCAUCCGCUCCCUCUUCUCUGCCGACAACCCGUUCCGCCGGAAGCCCUCUACCGAGGAGCCCCCUGCCCCCGCGCCUCAUCCGCCAGCCCCCUGCCCCGACGCCGGCGCGGCCGAGCCAUCCUCGAAGAAGAAGCGCGAGGAGGAGGGGCCGCGGCGCAAGCGGAAGCGGGACGAGGUCGAGGCUGUCCACGAGCGGCGGAGGCACCGCGCCGCCGGUGAGCAGCCGCCGGCCGUUGGGGAGAAGAGGAAGGCGCCCGACGAUGCAGCCGCCGCGGCAGCAGGGGCAGGGGAGGAGGAGGACGAUGCGUUCGACGACGAGAGCAAGCUCCUCAGGACGCUCUUCGUGGGGAACCUGCCGCUGCGGACCAAACGCAAGGCGCUCACCAAGGAGUUCGCGGCCUUCGGCGAGGUCGAGUCCGUCAGGAUCCGUUCCGUGCCACUGGCCGACUCCAAGCUUUCGAGGAAAGAUGCCGUCAUAAAAGGGAAGGUCAAUGAAUCGGCCGACAAUGUACAUGCCUACAUUGUCUUCAAAGAUGAGCAGUCUGCACGCACUGCUUUGUCUCAUAAUAUGGCACUGUUCGGUGGGAAUCACAUCCGGGUUGAUAUGGCAUGUCCCCCUCGCAAAAAACUUAGAGGAGAAGGGCCUCUUUAUGACAGAAAGCGGACAGUAUUUGUUGGUAACCUUCCAUUUGAUGUAAAGGAUGAAGAGCUCUACCAGCUAUUCUGUGGUUCCAGUGGAUCAGAAGGCAAUGUUGAAGCCAUACGUGUCAUUAGAGAUCCAAACUCAAGCCUAGGGAAGGGUAUCGCCUAUGUUUUGUUCAAAACAAGGGAAGCUGCAAACUCAGUUGCCAGAAAACGGGAUAUCAAAAUUAGAGAUCGCAUUUUGAGGCUCUCCCAUGCAAAGUCAGUUGAUGCAACUCCAAAGAAGACAAUGGAUGCUGCGAAAAUGAAGCGUGGGCCAAAACUUAAGGAAGUUUCGACACCAGGCAGGAAAUCUCAUGAAGGCAGUGACAAAGCCAAACGAAAGGCUUCAGCUUUGUCUUACCAAGGCCUGAGAUCAAGCAAAUCUGGUGUUGUGAAGAAGGCAAAAGUGAACCAGCGUCCCAGCAACGAUGAGAAGCAGAGUAAUAAAACUAAUGAAACUGGAUCUAGUGCUUGCAAAGGUAAGCGACCUGCUGUGGCUGCAAGGAAGGAAAAGCAACUAGCCAAGAAACGCAAAUUGGAUGCUUCAACUCCUGAAAAUACGCACAGGAGCAAAAAGCCAAGGAAGUAGCUACAGAGUACAAGAUGGUUGUUUGUCCUCUCACAUUGCAAGGGAAACUCACACCAUAAAAUUUUGGACAUGUUGGGCUCCUGAUCAUGUUACCCGUCAAAUGUAAUGUCUCCCUUGAAGUGAGUGUAGGGCAAUACAAGAUCGAUGUUGCAAAUGUAAGCCUGAUUUGAGUUAAUGUAGCAAUUUGGUACUCACCGUAAAGUUGGUACUCUUUCGCGGAUA